GGCGUGCGUGAAUUCUCUGUCCUGCGGUCGUGCGUUCGAUGAUAUUCUUUGUCCUGCGGUCGUGUGAUUUCUCUGUCCUGCGGCGGCCGUGCGUUUGAUGAUAGUUGCUGUCCCCACACGAGUGACCCAAUACGUGCUAAUGUAGGAGUUGUUGCUGCUGCUGCACUCGGCGUGCGCUGCUGACGACGAUAAUGGUGAUGAUGAUGUCGGCAAACAACAUUCAACCGACCGUCGUUUGAAUGGCCGGGACGUGGAAAACCUCAAGGACGAGCACCCAGUGAGAAGCGUACGUCGUGUCGCAGGCCGAUACCGCAUGCAUAUUUUCCCCGCGUAACCUCGCCGGUGAUGUUGAAAGUGAGAGGCAGCAAGUGUCGCAAAAGAACUGCUAAUCCAAAGGCCACACGAUAAAGGAUUGAUUAGUCCGUCGACAGCGCAACAACAACCGACAGCGCAGAGAGCCAACGGGGCAGAGAAGUGGAGGAAGAAAUCAGAAAAUCAUAGUGACUGAUUACGCAGUCGGUGACCGUCGCUGCGCUUCGAGGACGCUUCCAGAAUAUUACGUAGCCCCCCGGAAAUCACGGGCGGAACAGCGAGAACGUAGGGCGGACUCGCAGCCGGAGCAGGACCCAGCAGCAGCGCCAGGAUGGGUGGACUAAUGGCGAUUGGGUCCAUCUUGUCGAUGAUAACGCUGACCCCGUUCUUUUUGGUCGUGUUUACCAUUGUGUUUAUGGCAUCGAUCGGGAAAUCGUUCGGUGUCCGGCGUCUGUACGUGAGCCUGCUGGUGAAAAUCUUCGAGUUCGGUCGCCAGAACAUCGAAAACGUGCGGCAACAGCAGUACGCAAACAUAACACAAUCGGAACCAGAAGAGGAACCCACCACUACUGGGAGCAGCACGGACGCGGGCGACAGCACCGGGAAAGUGAAUGGAAACAUUCCUAAUGGUAGCAACAACGCGGCCAACCACGGCACGCGGCUAGCGAACGGUACCGAUACACCACACAUCGUGAACGGUGGCAAUUCAGUCAUUAGCCGGGCGGAAUCGCUUAUCCUUUCGCCGGAAGUAAUCGAUGAUCCGCGCAGUAAAAGCACAGAACCGAGUGGGGACGGUGUCCACCACCAGCGACACCCGGCACAGUCCGGGAGCGAUGGCGAGGAAGGAGAACACGAAGCCAGUGAGGUGGACUCGGAAGGCGAAGGACACGAGGCGGCAGGAUUCAAGCUGUCGAACUGCCUCGACUAUGUGAAGUCCGGCAUGGAGGCCAUCAUCGAGGACGAUGUUACGAGCCGCUUCCUGGCGGAGGAGCUGAAAAACUGGAACCUUUUGACGCGCACCAAUCGCCAUUACGAGUUCAUCAGCUGGCGGUUGACGGUCAUCUGGAUGAUUGGCUUCCUGAUACGCUACUUCGUGCUGAUGCCGAUGCGGGUGCUAAUCUGUUUCAUUGGGGUGGUAUACUGUGUCAUUGGCUUUGCGAUCGUGGGCAUGAUUCCGAUGUACGGGCCGCGCCGGCUGUUGAACGAUAUCGUGUUUAAGCACACGUUCCGUAUGAUCACCCGGUCGAUCUCCGGCGUCGUACGGUUCCACAACACGCAGUACAAACCGAGGAACUGUGGCUUUUGUGUGGCCAACCACACGACCCCGAUUGACAUUGCGAUUCUGUCGACGGAUUGCACCUACUCGCUGGUCAUUUGGUUGACGCUAUGCACCGCCGUGGUCGGCUGCAUACCGGAAGGGUCCAUCAAGCGCACAAUGGUCCGGACGGUGCUGAUACAGUGUUUUGGCUUUCUCUCGAGCGCAUUAUCAUCCGUCGUCAACUAUCAUAACAUAGAAAAUCGCCCAUUGAAUGGCAUCUGCGUGGCAAACCAUACCAGUCCGAUCGAUGUGUUAAUGUUAAUGUGUGACAAUUGCUACUCGCUGAUCGGCCAACGACAUGGAGGAUUUCUGGGAGUGCUUCAACGAGCACUGGCCCGUGCAUCUCCCCACAUCUGGUUCGAGCGGGCCGAGGCCAAAGAUCGCAUGUUUGUCGCGAAGAGGCUAAAGGAGCACGUCUCGGAUCCGAUCAAUCCACCGAUCUUGAUCUUCCCCGAGGGAACCUGCAUCAACAAUACGUCGGUGAUGCAGUUCAAGAAGGGCAGCUUCGAAGUCGGUGGUGUCAUCUACCCAGUGGCCAUCAAAUACGAUCCACGCUUUGGCGACGCUUUCUGGAACAGCUCGCGCUUCUCGAUGAUGCAGUACCUCUUUCUGAUGAUGACUUCGUGGGCGAUCGUGUGCGACGUUUGGUACCUGCCGCCGAUGUACCGCGAGGAGGGCGAAUCGGCGAUCGAUUUCGCGAACCGCGUCAAGAGCGUGAUCGCCAAGCAGGGCGGCCUGGUCGAUCUCGUGUGGGACGGCCAGCUGAAGCGCAUGAAGCCAAAGAAGGAGUGGAAAGAGAAGCAGCAGGAGAAGUUCAGCAAACUGCUCAAAGGAGAAUGACCGUCGGCCUAGCACCGGGCAUCAUCCGGUCACCGGGGGCGCGCUGCCUCCAGUGAUCGGGCCGGUAGUUCGGCUGCAGCAGCUGCUACGAGGCAGCGGGUCCAAAAUGCUGUGACAAAAGAACGACGGGAGGGCAGCCCGUAAACAGUCUCCGAGCCACCGAUCCACGCCGGUGGGGGUGCGGACGUCGUCAUCCCCUGGCUGACCUUAAAGCCCCUGGAAGCUUCCACCACUUCAUAGCACGAAUCCAACGGCAACUAACAGAGGCACACUAAUACCACAGAACUAUCAAUACGGAACUACGCUUAAAGACGGUUAAUGGGGUGCUGGGAGCUUGCGAGAGUGUGAUAUUGGUUCGCUUCGCUUUUGCUCAUCGUUCUCAUGUGCUUUUCCUAAAAUCAAUAUCUUCUUUUACUUCGUUUGCAUGCAUUUUUCAUAGUUCUCUUCUUUCUUGUCCUGGUUUUUGGUGUUAAAUUUGAUACGCGUUUUGGUAACAUUGGGCCUUUCCCCCGAUUUAAGUUCAAUUUGUACUCUGAACCAUUUAGAACGAUAAGUUUACCUCCUUGGAACGCUGUGUUCACUAUUGUUUAAGGGUUGAGCAUUUGUGAAAAACAACAACGCAUCGCUUUGCGUUACCCCUUCAAAAACAGUAGGGCACGUAGGGUGCCGAUCGUUUGAUCGUUUCCAUUUUACCCUCAUUUAGGUGUAGUAUUUUGAGUGUGGCAUGCAUUUUUCUUCUUCCUACUACUUCGUUUCUAAUUCUGUUCUUCGACUUGCGAGCGAAGAGAGUGUGUGUUGUACAGUAAAAUGCUAAGAAAGGAACAGCUUAUAGAUAGGACAUCGUGUACAAGAUCAGUUCAGCGCGCCAAAGACACCGAGCAGAACGUAAGACAAGAGGUGGCACACUGGAAUGGCAUAACAGACAAUGUGUAUUUCAUAAGACUGAAGCGAAAGCGCGAUGAUGACGCGGAAAAUGAGACGCUGAUUGUAAAAUAAUGCGGGCAUCGGCAAGAAUUCAGAUGCGGUGCCGUGGGCGUGAUCCUUUGUUGUGUGCAUUGAAGGCUGUACAGGAAUGUUACCGGUUACUACUAUAUCAUACUAUAUACAAUCACCAUCUAAUCAAACCUGCGGAUGAACAAAUACGCAAUGAUGUCAAACCUUACCCGAGGAAUCGUUAAACUUAUUGCUAAACAGCUGACAAAGAAAACACAACCAAUGGCGCAAUAUGUCUGUCGAAAUGGAGCUUAUGGAACAAUACAAUUACCCAAACACUUACACUGCUCACAUAACGGUCCCCCACAAUCUGAAAUUGGAAGCAGCUAGAGCGUUCGUGCCACGAAUGCGCCUUCCCUGCCUUUCUAUACGAGUAUCGUUCAUAACCGUUCUUCAAUGGUGCCAAUCCCGCGAACCAAAGCGCCAAAAGAGAGAAGCUAGAGGACAAGUAAGAGUGUGGGUGGGUGUAGAUGUAAGCGCUCUUGAUCCAUCUUCAAUUCCUAUGUACAGAGUGUGUGACAACGCCGGGCUAAUAGUAGCGUAGUUUAAGGGUAACUCAAAGAUUUCUACAUAUACCUGCGCCAGAACGCCGCCUAACGGCAGGGAUUUGGCUCCAGCGAAGAGGCAAAAACAUUUAAACCAUAAAUGUAUUAAAUUACCAAUAAAGAGAGGAAUCAGCACCAGCACACCGGCGGUUAGAAGAAAUAGUCAAUAACCAAAAACCCAUGAAACGAAAUAAACUAAAAGACAGAUCCAAACAGUAAUAGUACCAAUUACCAAAUACAGUUAAUAUGCACGCGCACGUGCGAGGGAUAAAAAUGCCAGACAAUUUUACUAUACUGUUUGCGUGUGUACAGGACGACGGUGAGAAAGCAAAAGGCAGCUAAUUCCCGACCACAAUCCCAUAUUGGACAGCAUCGCGCACGCCGCAAUAGUUAACGCGCAGCGUAGCGAUAGUUUAUCCACAGUUUAUGACCGGCCGCAACUGCGCCAUUGUUCAGUGUUUAGGAACUAGAGCAAAGAACCAGUAACACAUGCACAUGUUUUCUUAUCCGAUCCCAACAGAGAAGCUGAAGACCGAUGGUUUCGUAAAAUCGCCGUGAGCAGCACUACGCAGUGGAAGGGAGCUACUGGUAUCUGGGUGGGAUAGUAGGACAUUUAUAUGGGCACAAUGGGGUAACGCUAAUACUAAUGUCAAUGAUAUUUAUGAUAAUAUGUAGUACGCAUGUAAUUUAACAAACAUGGCUAGGGAUCGAAAGAGCACUGGGAAAGGGAUGGAAAAGUGUAAAUGUGAAUAAA